CUAUCGAAUAAGUGUAGCUGCUGCAAAAUGUACGAACUCGUGUGAGAAAACAACCCCGGAAUCGAGCGAAUGGUACAGCCGCGCCGUGACGCAGGCGCGCUGUCGCGGUGACGUCACUACGGCUCGCCUGGAGACGCACGUCUGCUGCCGUUACGUUGUUGACGUUUUUAGUUUUGAGAUUUCGUUGGCUUCAAAUCAUCAGAUAUUUUCGUUAACAGGUCGCUCCUCGAGCAAUACCUCUGCAAAAAUGAAAUGGAUGUUUAAAGAGGACCAUUCUCUGGAGCACAGGUGUGUGGAGUCGGCCAAAAUCCGCAACAAGUACCCAGACAGAGUUCCUGUUAUUGUAGAGAAAGUUUCUGGUUCACAGAUUGUGGACAUUGACAAGCGAAAGUAUCUGGUCCCAUCUGACAUUACAGUGGCUCAGUUCAUGUGGAUCAUCAGAAAGCGGAUCCAGCUGCCUUCUGAAAAAGCCAUAUUCCUUUUUGUCGACAAAACUGUCCCUCAGUCCAGUCUGACUAUGGGGCAGCUCUACGAAAAAGAAAAAGACGAGGACGGCUUUUUGUACGUGGCCUACAGUGGAGAAAACACGUUUGGAUAUUAGGAUCCCUGCAUCAUCCCAUGCUGUGCAACACAUCACUCCCGUUUCUUUUGGACUGCGCGAUUGGGAACAAGAUCGACUCCUCUGUGAAUUAACC